CAACAUUUGGCUUUGGACGGGCCUCGGCCGCCUCCCUUCCCAAGUUUAUGUCACCACCUAGUGUCAGGCCUGGAACAGGAGAGGAUAUAGUGCUCAUCCUGCAGCACUUUGCUGAUCCUGCGAGCCACCCACAUCAGAGGUUUGUAGAGAAGCGCUCAAGAAGUCACCAGCGAGGUGGCAAUGGCGUUGAGUCCGCUGACCCAUGUGAGCCGAUGUCCCAACUCUUCAAUGCACAGUUGCUUCGGCUUCAGAAGUUCCUUCAGGAGCUCUUGCGUGACACAGUGGUCCUUCUUACUGCAAUGGCUCUGAAGUUCUUCUUGAACCUCGUGGGCGCACUUCGGGCCUUUUUCUUUUGCCUGUGCUGCUUUCGUGGUGCUGGAAAGGUUGGACCUCUGACUCGCCGAUACUGGGUGCUGUCCAACUUGCUCUUCCAGUUGAACUCCGUUUGGAGGGAGAGGAAGACCCAAAAGCAACUAGCUGCUGAAUUCUUACGAAGGCAUCAGAUCUCCACGUUACUCAGCAUUCGCUUGCUAAAGCACAUAAACUGGCUGCAGCCUCAACAAGUCCGCCCGAAAGACCCAGAGAAGUUGCGACGCAAUGCGAUGACAUUGAUCUCUGAGCUGCUGGAGGAGAUGGGUGCACCUCCGUUGAUGGAGCAUCCAUUCUUUCGCAGCUUUAGAAGCAAACACCCCAAGCUUCAGACCCAACUCUGCAACGAGGCACUAGUCCCGAUCUUUCACUCGGGCAAUGAAAUUGUCUUCACCGUUGGAGAAGCAUGCUCGAUGAUGUAUAUCAUUGUCAAUGGCAGUGCGCAGUAUGCAGCCCAACUUCCUCCCCCCAGGGAUGCUCCAGUGGGUACUGCAGGGACACAGGUUCGAAAGACCUUGCACAGUGGUCACUGGUUGAGUGAAGCUGCGCUUUGGACUGGCUGGGUCCACCGUGGUGAACUUCGCACACUUUGUGAUUGCUUGUUCUUCGGCCUUGAAGCUGGCUGGUUUGCAAGGGUGAUUAGUUCACAGAAGUCAGCGCAUGCGUUUGCUGCGAGCUAUGCAAGGAAAUUUGUCGAGGGCCUGAACCGGAGCAUCCAAUCUGACAUCACAGAGGCUGGCCCUGUAGAUUGACGCCCACUGCGCCUCAGAUGUGGCUUGCGAGAAAAUGGGAGUCAGUGAUGCUAAAUUUUAGGUCCGGAGUCUGUGGCAGUAGCAUCUGCCGCAAGUUUGACAAACCCUGCCUCGAGAUUACUACAUUUCUCGAGAGAG